CCUCACUUUGUCCCAGACUCCUCCUGAGAGGUGUGUUACUCUCUCUCUCUCUCUCUCUCUCUCUCUCACACACACACACACACACACACACACAGCUGGGUCGAGAGCAGGAGAUCUCUAUCAGAAUGGAGCGAGUGUCGAGGAUGUGGCUGGUCUUCACCGCACUGUUCGCUUUCCCACUUUGUUCUUUUGCUCUGGACAAACUGAACAUGUGCAUGGACGCUAAACACCACAAAUCUGAGCCGGGACCAGAGGGAGAACUUUACAAGCAGUGUGCUCCUUGGAGAGAUAAUGCGUGCUGUACGGCGAACACCUCAGAAGAAGCUCAUGAAGAUGGCUCGUACCUGUACAACUUUAACUGGAACCACUGUGGGAUCAUGUCUAAAAAGUGUAAAGAGCACUUCAUCCAGGACACGUGUUUCUAUGAGUGUUCUCCUCACCUGGGGCCGUGGAUCCAGCCGGCGGAUACCACUUGGCGGAAGGAGCGUAUAUUGGACGUGCCAUUGUGUAUUGAGGAUUGUGAGUCGUGGUACAAUGACUGCAAAAAUGACAAAACCUGCAAAGAGAACUGGCACGUGGGCUGGAACUGGACCACAGGUAUAAACCAAUGUCCUGCUGGAACUCAGUGCCAGAAGUGGACAGAUGUUUUCCCCACCCCUCAAAGCAUGUGUGAGAAAAUCUGGUCGAACUCCUACAAGUACACCAGCCUCGCCAAGGACAGCGGGCGCUGCAUGCAGAUGUGGUUCUCAGGACAGAACCCUAACCGAAAAGUGGCAGAGUUCUACCUGAACCUCGGCUCUCGGACAGAGACGGCCAUGAUGACGAGCCUCACGCUCUCGCUCGCUGUCCUCCUUUCUGUGCUGUGAAACGCUAAUAAACAGAAAAACUAAGAAAAAAAA